GGGGCUUCUCUGGACGUACUAAAAGCGUAUGCGAGCGCUCUUUUCCGUCCUGUACAGAGAACCACGUGUGACUGAACGGUUUUUACCUGCGCCACUCUCCCGUUAUCAGCCUUACAGUUAAGAAAAAACCCAAAAAACAACCUUCAGUCAUGGUGAAGCUUGCCAAGGCAGCUAAAAAGCAGGCGCCUCCUAAGAAAAAGGCACCUCCACCUCCCAAGGAAGUGGAAGAGGACUCCAGCGAGGAGGACAGCGAGGAUGAGGAAGAAGAGGCGCCGCCAGUCAAGGCUGUAGCAAAGAAGAAAGCCGCUCCGGCGAAGGCAGUGAAGAACGGGAAAGCUGCCGCCAAACAGGAGAGCGAGAGUGACGAUGACGACGAUGAAGAAGAAUCUGAAGAGGAAGCUCCUCCUCCAAAGAAGGCCGCACCUGCCAAGGCGACUCCUGCCAAGAAGGCAGCACCUGCUGAGGAGUCGUCCGACGAUGAUGACGACGAGGAUGAUGACGAAUCUGAGGAAGAGCCGCCUCCGCCUCCCAAGAAGGCCACGCCCGCUAAAGCCACACCUGCUAAAGCCACUCCGGCAAAGAAGGCCGCUCCGGCCAAGAAAGCUGCUCCUGCCGAGGAGUCCGAUGAGGAUGAAGAUGAAUCUGAAGAGGAAGAAGCCCCGCCUCCUAAAAAGGCAGCUAAACCCGCAGCCAAAGCCCCUGCUGCUAAAGCCCCCGCAGCGGAGGAGGAAUCUGAUGAUGAGGAUGACGACGACGAGGAUGAUGAUGAAGAGGAGGAAAUGGACACGACUCCUGCGGCCAAAAAGGCAGGAUUGGUGAAGGCGAAGGAGGAGUCUGAAGAAGAGGAUGAUGAUGACGACGAUGAGGAUGAUGAAGAGGAAGACGAGACCCCGGUCACUCCAGGGAAACGGAAGGCCGAGGCCAAAAAAGAGAAGGGAACACCACCAGCGAAGAAAGCUAAAACUGAUGGCGAAGGUUUCAGUCUCUUCUUGGGUAACCUGAACUCCAAUAAAGACUUUGAUGAAAUUAAGUCCGCAAUCACAAAGUUCUUCUCGAAGGAAGGCCUUGAGAUUCAGGACGUCCGACUUGGCGGGAGCAAGAAAUUUGGCUAUGUGGACUUUGCAUCAGAGGAAGACCUGCAGAAGGCUAUGGGGCUCAAUGGCAAGAAGUUAAUGGGCCUACCGUUGAAACUGGACAAGGCCAGAAGCAAAGAAGACUCCCAGGAAAACAAGAAAGAGAGAGAUGCACGCACGUUGUUCGUGAAGAACCUGCCGUACUCCAUAACGCAGGAGGAACUGCAGGAAGUCUUUGAGCAGGCCACUGAUAUCAGGAUCCCGAUGGGCAGCAACGGUUCGAGCAGAGGAAUCGCAUACCUGGAGUUCAAGACGGAGGCGAUCGCUGAGAAGACGCUGGAGGAGGCGCAGGGUUCAGAUGUCCAGGGCCGCUCCAUCAUCAUAGACUUCACUGGAGAGAAGAGUCGGCAGGGCGGCAGAACCGUUGGUAAUGCAAACAAAAUCCUGGUUGUGAACAACCUGUCGUUCAACGCGAGUGAAGAGUCCCUCCAGAGUGUGUUUGAGAAGGCCGUGUCCAUCAGAGUACCACAGAACAACGGCAGACCGAAGGGAUUUGCGUUUUUGGAGUUCGAAAGCGUGGAGGAUGCCAAGGAGGCGAUGGAGAAUUGCAACAACACAGAAAUCGAGGGCAGGAGUAUCCGAUUAGAGUACAGCCAGAACGACAGAGACCGAAGCAGUGGAGGAGGAAGAGGAGGCUCUGGGCCAACAAAAACCCUGUUUGUCAAAGGUCUGUCAGAGGACACCACAGACCAGUCUCUGAAAGAAGCUUUUGACGGAGCAGUAAACGCCAGAAUCGUCAUGGACCGAGACACCGGAUCAUCGAAAGGGUUUGGCUUCGUAGACUUCGACAGCGAAGGAGACUGCAAGGCAGCCAAAGAAGCCAUGGAUGACGGAGAGAUCGACGGGAACAGAGUCACUCUGGACUACGCCAAGCCCAAGGGCGAGGGCGGCCGAGGAGGUUUCGGAGGUGGUUUCGGAGGACGUGGUGGUGGACGAGGUGGUUUCGGAGGACGAGGGGGCGGUGGUUUCGGAGGAGGAAGAGGUGGUGGCUUCAGGGGAGGACGAGGAGGAAGAGGCGGUGGUUUCGGAGGAAGAGGAGGUGGCUUCGGAGGAGGAAGAGGCGGCGGCUUUGGUGGAGGAAGAGGCGGUGGACGAGGUGGAUUCGGGGACCGACCACAAGGGAAGAAGAUCAAGUUUGAUGAUUAAGUCUGUAACUGAACUGUUUCCAUUUGCUUAAAUCCACUUUGUCAGAGCGUUUCUAGGACAUUCCAGGAAUCAUCAGUAACUGUACAGUGACCCCUGACCCCUCACUCCCUCUUAACUGUGUGAUUCUGAAAUGUCCCAGCCAUCCACGUGAAGAUUAAAUGUGAAUGUUGUAAUUAUGCUCUGCUGGUUUAGGUACAUGUUGUACAUGCAACAGGUUGUUGUCGUUUGUUUUAUUUUUGUUUAGUUUUUUUAUGCGGUUUCUCUCCCCACCCUUCCUUUCACCUCUAAAUUUUAUUUAAUUUUCACUAUUCUGUUUAAGUUUGCUUUAGAUGCUAGUUUAAUGUGCUGUACCUUUUUUAAUGUGCAAAGCAUAUUGUAACAUAUACAUGGAAUUGACGCCGAUUUAGUAUUUAGAGGUGUAAAUGUAUAUGAAAUAUUUGAAUGGGAUUAAGAUGGAUAACAAGUGUGUUGUAAGGCUAACGUCAGAUGUAUGAACCAAAUUUGGCUUGUGACUGAGGGUUUUGCUCUUUUCCAGUUCAGAUUUUUCAUAAUGUAAAGAACCAUUUUGAUUAAACAUGGUUUUUAAACUC